AUGAGUACUUCAUCCGAAAUCCCAGCUGUAUGUUACAGUACUUGUAACAAUGCAUACACCGAGUCGCAAAAGAUUGGCAAGACACCAGCAUUGUGCGCAUCCGAUUCACUCUUCGAGAUCGAUUACAGUUCUUGCCAGGCGUGCGUUGCAGAGAACAGUUCAGAUCCAACUUCGACGACUGAAAAUGUCUUGGUACCUCAAUUUGGACAAUUCCUCCAAUAUUGUGCGUCACUAAAUGCAUCCUCAACGGCGUCGAAUGUAGGGACUACAGCAACCGGGACACCGCCGAGUGACGCCUCCUCAAUACCUUCCUCGCUCCCAUAUUUCACGACUACUUUUUUGAGUUCUACCUCUACUCCCUCCGGGUCACCAUAUACAACCAUCACAGCAAUCAAUACCCAAAGCAUCCCAUUAUACAACGGAAGCACAAUUACUGUCACUCUUUCAAAUGUAAUAACAUUAUGGAACCAACCAAGUUCCACUUCGUCCCCUUCUCCACCAAAUUCACAAUCUAAAUUGACACCUGGCCAUGCGCAGUUUAACGGUGUAGUUGUUGGCUCCAUCUUUGGUGGGCUGUCGAUCAUUGCCUUUGGUAUGAUCUAUUGGAAGUUUUGGAGGCACCGGCAUCUGCGAAAAUCGAGAGUCAGAGCUGGAGCUGGUGAUGAUGACAGCCCCGAAAAAGCACAAUUACAUUCGGAUUCUAUCCCUACCAAGAACCUCGUAGAGAUUGAUGGAUCAUCGAAACGCCAAGUUGCCGAAUUGCCAGCUAUAGAUUCUGUUGCAGAGAUGCCAGGGAGCGUCAAGUACUCGCCGAUGGAGGUUGAGUGA